AUGGCGGUAGUUGAGGAGGCAACGUCACCGACGGAGGCAAAGGCGGAAGAGAGAUCGCUGGAGGAGUGGUGGUCGGCUGAUGGCGGAAGGGCCGGUCAUCUGGUUGCAGUUCGGAGAUGCAGUGGGGGAGGCAGCGCCGUGUGUGUUGAAAGAGAAGAGGGGACUGGGAAAAGUGAAGGGCAAGCUUGGAUAGGAGCAAAUCGUGUUGCAGAGAUAGAGAGGAGAUUAGAGAAGAAACUAACGAUGAAGGAGGCUGGAGACGACGAUUGCGAUGGAGGACGAUCCUGGAGGAGGAGGCCGGAGUUUGAGGAGGAAGCGGUGGAGCUAGCUGUCCUUGCGUUCGUUCUUUGGCGACGGGGAAGAAGAGCUGCGAAGGAUUACGCAGAUUUUGGGAGGAGAAGGGCAAACAAAUGA